AAGGUUUCGCCUUUCCUCUCGGACUGUCUGCGAAUAGCUUCAGUGCGUCCCCCAAUCCCCCGCCCUACCGGAAAAGCACAGCGUGGGCGAUAGUGCGCAUGCUCCAGUGAGGGAGGGACUGGAAGGGGCGCGGACUCUUUCUAGGCCCUUUCCUGGAAGCCAAUGGAAACUGCCGAUUGAGUUGCGUCACUUGUCCUAGCAACUCCGGGCAGAUUUUUCCCCCAACCACUAGCCGGGCUCUUCUGCGUCCUGUAACAGCCCGGGCCGACCGCAGCGUGGCUGUUGGUGGACGCAGGUGGCGAGGCGUUUGGAGCGGCUGGCUCAGCAUGCGGUGCGCGGGCCCAGCCGCGAUGGUGGCCUUUUAUGCCGGGCUUUGGGUCUCUAACCUGGGGCCGGUGCUGGGCCAAGAGGCCGGGGCCGACUGUGAAGUAUGUAAAGAAUUCCUGAACCGAUUCUAUAACUCCCUGAUAGCCAGAGGAGUCAACUUUUCCCUGGACACCAUAGAAAAGGAAUUGGUCAGCUUUUGCUUGGAUGUCAAAGGAAAAGAAAACCGCCUGUGCUAUUAUCUGGGAGCGACGAAAGAUGCAGCCACAAAGAUCCUAAGUGAGGUCGCUCGCCCAAUGAGCGUGCAUAUGCCUGCAACAAAGAUUUGUGAGAAGCUUAAGAAGAUGGACAGCCAGAUCUGUGAGCUGAAAUAUGAAAAGCAGUUGGACCUGGCAUCAGUGGACCUAUCAAAGAUGAGAGUAGCGGAGCUGAAACAGAUACUGCGCAGCUGGGGCGAGGAGUGCAGAGCCUGUGCGGAAAAAACCGACUACAUGGAUCUGAUCACAGAACUGGCCCCCAAGUAUGCAGCGGCGCCCCCCAAAUCAGAGCUCUGACCCUCGGGCGCCGCCCACGCGCCCUUGAUGGGAGACACAGUGACUCUGCAGGAUGCAGACUUGUGGGUUAGGAGUAACCGGGAGCUGCGCAGUAUGUGGUCCCAUACUUUUUGUUUUGCUAAUACAACCAAUCAAGACUUGCUCACGGGGGUUGUAAUUAAAAUGUAAUAUCAGUGGCAUCUUACAUUUGCAGUGUGCGAAAACCUGAAAGUGCCUUUCUCAUAAUGUUUGGGAGGAUUGUAUGUAUGUCAUCAUCCGUUUCCUUAAAAUUGGGAAACGCGAACGACUGAAAAAUGGAUGAAGUUGUCCAAGAAGGAAAACAGUGCCCAGAGGUCCCCCCUCUGUGCACUAAUUUUUAAUUAAAUGUAUUGGUUUAGGGUAAAAGAACAAUGUUUGGUUUACCUAACUCCCACCUUCAACCCUAAGCAAUAACACGGCAUAAUCAAAAGGUUUUAAAGAGUAAACUGUGUAUUUUCAACUGCA